UAUAUAGAACUGGUCGGAAUCCAAAAUGGUAUUUCGUUUUUUGCUCCGGUAUUUGGCAAACAAUGAACAAUUAAUUCAACGCAUGGCCGAAAGUUAUCCGAUGCGGCGCGCUGCUCAAAUGGUUGUAUCCAUUCUUUACCGUACCAAAAAUAUGGCGCAGGAGCGAGGUAUACAUGACAUGACGCCCGAACGUUUUAAGUCUUUUAUGGCACUUUUUAAAAAUAAUCUUAAGAAAGAAAUUGAGGGAGUGAAGGACGAAAUUAAAAAGAAGUCUCGUUAAAAAUUUGAUAAAGUUACAAUACAAAAAACAUAUUAUAUUUUCAGAAUAUAAAUUGUUUCCGUUAUAUAAUAUUAAAAUAUGCAUAUUCGGUAUUUCCUCCUUAAAUGUCCGUCAUGAAAUUAAAAAUAUCCGCUGAUUGCUUCCAAAUGUUUAUCCCCUUUAGAAUUAACCCGAGUUUAAAGUUUAUUCAAAUAAUAUAUAUAUACGAACUUUGAUGCAAUCAAAUUUGUAAUUAAGGGAAAUGUUUGAUGAACAAAUAAUACGAUAGAAAGCAUAAUUGGACGAGUUCCAAAACGUCGAAGUUUGUACACUGUUCUCUUAAGUAUUGCUAUAGUCUUUUGAAUAUUCCGUUUUCUGUGCAUUCUAAAAAUGCUCCAAUAAUUAUCAAAUCGGGAAAUUGCUGCAAAGGAUUUUGGGUUGUGUGCCCAAAUCUCAGUAUUCCUAUAAUCUUUCAUUUUCAUUUCUUCAGUUUUUUUUUUAAAUUUUUUAAUAACAAUUCUAGGUAGGUUUUAAAUACAUUAUAUAAUGCGUAGUAGGGAUGACAUUUUUUGACAAGUAGUGUUUUUAAGCACCACCUCAAACGGAGAAUAAUUUACGAUCGCACCAUAUCCAUCUUAUUAGGAGGUCGUUACCCCAACCUCUAGAAGAAUCCCAGUUGUGGCUCGUGCACA